GAAAACGUGCAUUGAUUAAACCCACGAGAGUUGAGCCAUUAUUUUAAGCUUACUUGAGUCUCAGAAAUUAGAGUUUUCAUGCAUUUGUUUUUUCUCAUUCGUGAGGACAAAGAAAGUGAAAGAAAAUCAAAGAAACUCAUCAUGGGAGAUUGGGAUUUCUGAGUGCACUUCAAGAUAGAAUAAACUCUAAGAAGCAUAGCCAUUUCAUUGUAACUGGCUAUCGUGUAUCACCUCGAAUACACCACAGAGAUCAUCGAAGUAGAAGAAGGUCAACAACAACACAAGCUUCCUCCAUAAAAGGCACAAGAUUUGGAAACACAACAAAAAUGUCAUUGAGAAUCAUCUUUCAGAUCCUUUUCUACUUGCAUUUGCUCCUAACAGCAGCCACAGUGAUCUUCAUCACUGUUUAUGGCCUGACCACGGAAUCUGGCGGCCAACAUUUCCACCCUUUGAAGUGGUACCCUCCAGUUCUAGCUUCGACGGCAUGUGGCGGAAUAAUCGGUUUCAUGUGGCAAUGGAUCACUUUCAGCUACCCAAGAAACGCACUCAAGGCAGCAUUUUGGCUAGGUCCCCUGCUAACAUGCUUAAUGGCUGGGAUGUUUGUGUACAUGGGCACAGCAACUAGUCUUAUAGUGGGAUUAGUUUCUUUCUGUUCUGCAUUAGCUCAAUCCCUCUAUGGUUGUUGGGUCAGCCACAGAUUCGAAUACGCGACGAAUAUCUUGUCAGUUUCAACAGCUUUUCCACCUGCUAAAACCAGAGUGUUGGUACUCGCGACAAUUGUAAUUGGAACCCUUUAUUGCUGUUUUCUUGUAUCCGGGAUCGGUGGAGCUACAGCCCUUCAAGACAAAUUCAAAUUGGUUUUCAUUUUCAUCUUGGUGAUUAUGCUGAGCCUGGGAUGGACCAUGCAGUUUCUCAAGAAUGUAAUACAACUCACCAUUUCAAGGGUCACAUAUCUGCAGAUACUUGGAAAUCACAUGGAUACUUGUGCGGCGCUUCGUGACAGUAUCAAUCGUUCUGGUGGAUGUAUUGCCAUUGGCUCAAUCCUUAUCCCGGUCUUCACUCUCUUCCGCAGUUUUGGACGCUUGAUGAGUCUACUUGGAGGAGAAGAUGAGAUCCUGUUUUGCUGUGUUAUGGUGCUGGUAAACGUUCUUCCGCAGUUUGUGAACCGAUGGAGUUUUGUACAUAUUGGAGCCUAUAACAAAGAGUUUGUGCACGCAUCUCGAGAUACUUGGGAAAUGUUCAAUAGCUCUAGAAUGUUGCCACUCAUAGACUCGGAUCUAACCGGAGCAUUAUGUUUCCUUAGCGGAGUAGCUGUAGGUGCAUUUUGUUCUAUGGUGAGUGGAAUUUGGAUCCUUGUGAUGCGUCAGAGCUAUGCCCUGGAAGUAUCCAUUUAUGCUUUCUUGAUUGGCUAUUUCGUGUGUCGAUUGGCAAUGGGGUGGCUACAGGCAUGUGUUGCGGCAUACUAUGUUGCCUAUGGAGAGAAUCCGGAGAGCGAUCAAUUCGACUCAACAAUUCCAGCACGCUUGGAGCAGAUUCAAGGAUCUCAAGCUCUUCUGAACUAAAUUUUUUCAGCUGAACAUAUCUACUGAAGGAGAGUAAACCAACUUAGCUGCAAUAUCUCCAAUAUAAAAUGAUACUGACCACACAGUUGUAAGAACAAUUUCUUUUUUGGUAUUGUACAUAAAGAUUUCUGAUGCAGGGACGUGAGUAA